AUGCGUCCUACGAACAACACGGCUGGUCUAGUUCGUGUGGCAACCCCGAAUGUUGACGCAGCACCUCAAGAGCCGCAGAGCUCUGGUAGCAAAGCACCCAGUGCCUGGUUCCCCGAAGAAUGUGUAUGGGCAUUUGGGGAGUCACCCUAUCUUGCCAUACGGCCCGAGAUACAACGUUAUCUUUACGAUGCCCCGAUUCAGCAAUACGAUAAUACGUACAUCGGGAGCAUCGUAGCAAAGAAUAUAUGGAGAAACGGGACUAUCAAUAUUGAUACGGUCGAUACUUUCAUGCGCAACCUUUCCGAUGUUAUAACGGCUAGGAUCCGCAACGCUGGCCCACAUGGAGCAGACGAUUAUGUGCUGGAAAGAGUCUUUCUCGAUAUGAUUUGUGUUCAGGUCCGAUGGGCCUGGCUUUCGUACCCAGAUGCUCUGAGAUCGUGGAAGUCAUCCAACCUUGCUAUCUUAUUCUGUAGUCUCGAAGAAGCGGUUCGGCAGAAGGCUGAGUUAGGUUGGUUUCGUGACGAGAUUAACGAAGUAGCAAAGACGUCAUUUGUACAACGAGAGCAAGACGGCGCAGGCAAAGCUAAGUUCUCAGAAGGUUGA